CUCCGACUUGGCCAAAAACUUCACUUGAGCUGGCCUGGCUGAUUGGGCGCGCGUUGUUUUGCAUUUCCAGGCCAGAAACUGCGGCUGGGUCUGCGUAAUAAAAUGCAUUUUAAUUUGGCUAAAUGUUCAAUUAAAUUUAAACAUGCGCAGUCCGCUGUUUGCAAUUUUGUGUUGCCUGUCGCCGCUGCGUCGAAGUUGCCAUUUUCCGCGCAACUUGCAGUUGCAGGCAGGACCCUCCAUCGGAUUUUUCCUCUCAGCAAACCAAGAGCUCAAUUUCGAUUAGCUUGAAUCACAUAUUUUAACUUUCGCCAUAAAUUUUGUUUAUAAAUUUUUAAAAAUUCCAAUUUAUAGUUCAAAAAGUUUUGGCAAAUGUUUUGGUCCAACCUCUCGAGGGCCUUUACCCUGAGGCAAGGCGGCAGUCGGCCGCCAGGAAAGCCUCCAGAAAAGCCACCAGCUCCACCACCAGCCAAGCUUUCAGAUAAGUCUCCAGCAACACCAUCAGCAGCCAGCGAAAAGAAACCGUGCAAGGUGCGGACGGAAUGCCAGGCUGCCAGGUUCUGUGCGGAACCUGACAGGUUCCAUUCCAUGUGGGAACCGCCCCAGAACCUUCCGCCUCCGUAUCCCUUCCUAGUCCGGCGCUCGAACGAGCUCUGCUGCGAUUCCAACUGCACCAAGCCCCUGCCCUCGUUCGACGAGCUAUAUUAUCAUCCUUCCUGCAAGGACGGUCCCUUCCAGCGCACCUGGGUGGAGUGCCCCAAGUUUAUGUUCCGCAAGAAGGUAAUCUGCGCCUACGACAAGCUGGAGACCUUAGAGCCGGCUCGGCGCUUGGCCAAGAAACGAGAGCGCGUUAGCAAUUCUUAUCCAGAAGACCAGGAUAUCGGUCCCUGUCCUCAUCUAGCUCCCUUGGCGCGUUGCAUUCCUGGCCGCCGUCCGCCACGUUGCCGCAAGGAUAACCAACGUGUAUGUUGCCGAAAACUCUGUGCUCCAGUUCCCAGUUGGUCAGAGUGCAAGAAGCCGCCGCUGGCUCGGGUUCGGCCGAGAGCUGCCGAGUGCGAGUGCCGGCGCACCAUCAGUCUCUGCGAGGUGGAGCGGUGUCGCCAGCGGGUCAAGAUUCAAGAUGAGCCGACCUUUAUGUGUCCCAAAGAUGUUUGGCGGGCCAAGAAGGUAAAGAGGUUGAAAAAAAAGCCGGAAAGGAAGGAUAGGAAAAACAAGAAAAAGAAGGAUAAGGAUAAGAAAUAAAUUCAGAAU